AUGGAGGUUUACGUGAAGCAUCGUGGCAAGUUUGUGAUGCUUGCUCUGUGGAGCGGCUUUACAAGCAUUGCGAUGGUGUGGCUCGUUAUCCGUCGAUCCGGCUUUGGCACGACGUACAGCCGCUGCAGCUACCUCGUCAUGUGGGGUGAAUACAAACAACUGCUGGAGCCCGGCACCUUCCCGGCAAACGACUUCUUGCCGCCACAUCUCCGACUGGAUCGGCGGUCGUACCUCGACCUCCCCGACACGGAAAUUGCGCUGCCACCCAUCAUUGAUGUCAGUGUUGCCGAGCGUGAGCAGGUGCGAAAUUUGGAGCACGCCCUGCCAUCAUCCCAGCGUUCUGAUUUCCACAUGCAGUUUGGCCCGUUGCGGUCACAGACGAUUGUGAUGACGGGAGGGGCAAAUGAGCGAUAUGUAAGGCGUCGGCUUGGGAUCUCACCAAAGGAUCGGGAACGCUUGGAGUCCGAAAAGCACAAAGGAGAAGACAGAUGA